CUCGCUCCUCCUUCCUCACCUCGCUCAGCGAACAGUACCGCGCGAGGAUGUCUCCAAGCCCGACCCCCCCGUUCGUCCCCAAGCAGGCCCUCGGCAUCCUUGCCAACGCCGUCGAUGUCUACGAGAAGACCGGCGGCAAGGUCACCGCUCAAUUCGCUGAGGAAUACAUCAAGCUCGUCUCGCCCUUUCCCGCCGACAGUGUCAUCCACGACAAUGCCUGCGGCCCCGGCACCGUGACGCGCAAGAUCAUGGCCACCUCACCGCUGCCUACCAUCAAGAUCGUGGCUACGGACUCGAACCCAGCUUUCCUGUCCCACGUCCGUGCCGCCGUCAUCGCAAACAAAUGGCCUGUCGAGGUCGAGAACAUGCGCUCUGAGGCCGUUGCCCUGCCAAACGACUACUUUACCCAUUCUUUCACCAACAUCGCCAUCUUCAUGAUGGGCUCUGCCGGCCUCGACGGCGCCACCGAGAUCUACCGCACCCUCAAGCCCGGCGGCGUGGCUGUCGUCAACUGCUGGCAGACCCUCGCCUGGCUGGAACCUAUCAAAGCCGUGCAGAUGGCUACGCGCUCGCCAGGCCGUGCCGGAAAGGCGCCGCCGGUCAGCUGGGCGGAUGGCACCCAAUUGCGCAAGGUGAUGGUGCAGGCGGGCUUCAAGGAGGAGAACAUCACCAUGUCUUCGAGCGAGGCGUCUGCGGUUGCAAAGGACUUGCACUCGUGGGCGGAGCUGUCUUGGGCGUACCUCGGUGGUCUGCAGGGAUGGGCUCAAGAGGACGAGGAUCGUUGGGAUGAGGCCAUCGACCUGCUGGUGGCGAAGCUGCAGGAAGCGGUUGGCACGACUGUGGACGAAGAUGGCAUAGUCUACAUGGAGGCCAGCCAGCAUAUGCUGAUUGCAAAAAAGUAACUUCAGGGACUCAGAUUGCAUCGGCUGGCGUCUGGGGACUACAGAGAGGCAAGUGCGACAGGUUUGUCUCAUCUGGACGAUGGAGCCGGCAUUCAUGCGGCUCUGAAUCACGAUUCUCAUAGUCUCUUUCCUAUAGCAUAGUUAUCGGGCAUGUCGAAGGCGUCAUGGCGGCUGCAUCUGGGUCACGACCUCUUUCACAAUUUGCGGCAUCAAGGUUAGCUAGGAAAACUAAGCCCGUGCUCAAGUCUCGGCAUUCUUCCUCUUUUUCAAUGGACAUCACUCUUCCUGGUGCUCUCAUCUUGAAUGUGCCGUGGAAAUUGAAAGGUCAUAUCAUACUAGAGGCUGAUCCAACGUCCCUCGUCUCAAGUCGCUCCCACUCUUUGCAGCUCUGUCUCAUGUCCAUCCUUUUCUCGCUUCUCCGCAGCUUCCGACAGGUCGUAACCCUUCUUGAAGUUAUGGCCGCACUUCCACACAACUUCCCAGAAAACCCUAGCCAUC